UAGCACAUUUACAAUGCACGCACUGCAUGGAAAGUAUUGUAUUGACAUACAAAAUUGAAUUACAACUUAGAACGUAAAUAAGUUUAGUCUGUGAUAAACUACACGACAAUUGUAACUAUAAAAGUACUUAUAAUUAUCGUAAUUUAUAAUAAUAAUUAAAUUCUUUACGUUAAAACAUGGUACGUGCGUGGUAUAUGAGUAACGAUGUUGAAGAUCAGCGCUUAGAAAACCACCUAACUCCUCAAAAGAUGGUAUCUUUAGAUGAAGUAAAACGACUUACUGGUGUAGAGUAUUUUGGUAUAAAUUUGAACACGUACCAAACUGAUGGCGUUUUAGACAACAUAAAAAAGGAAAGAGGUUAUACGUACGAGGACGAACUGGUCUGCUCUAAAGAAUGCUUGCAAAAUUAUGAAGAGAAACUGAAAAUAUUUUUUGCCGAACAUUUGCAUACCGAUGAAGAAAUAAGAUUUGUGGUUGAGGGUUCAGGAUAUUUCGACGUUCGAGACAAAAAUGAUGAGUGGAUUCGGAUUGAGGUUAAACCUGGCGAUUUGAUUAUUUUGCCAAGUGGAAUUUAUCAUCGCUUCACGUUGGAUACAACUAAUUUUAUUAGGGCAAAGCGAUUUUUUGUGGGAGAACCGGUUUGGACUGCAUAUAACAGGCCUGCGGAUCACUUUGAGUGCCGAAAAAGUUACGUAGAAAAAUUGAACGUGAGGCAGAUUUCAGUUUGAAACAGUUCAUCAUAACAGUCGUUUAUCAUUCAUAAAACUACCUGGUUGUAACAAUAUUUUGAUGUGACAAUAAAUACGUUACCUACUGUUUUUA